ACUAAUACAUGUCAAUAUUACCCUCCGAGGUUUGCAACUCCUACUGAGGCAGCGGCCUUCGAAGCUGAAUGUACGAAGACUGUGUCACAACUGCUUGCUUUGUGUUUUCCACCUGUUGCCGAUUCUACGCGUUACCAUUGCUCUGGUCGGAUCGUUUCGGUUGAUUCUUCUAUGCAGUGGUACUACUUGGGUUGUGCGCUUUGUUCCAAAGCAGCCAUAGAUUAUGAUGGUGUUGACAAAUGGUGUGAUGACCACCGUCGUUUGGUGCCUCAACAAACACAGAACUUUUACAAACUUCGGGUAACAGUUGAUGACAACACUGGAUCAGCAGCUUUUGUUCUGCUGGGUAGGGCCGCUGACCUUCUUGUGGGCUUGACUGCUAACGAUCUCUCUACUAGGUUUCCUUACCAGCGCAAUGUUCUUCCACAAGAACUUCUGGCUCUUGAAGGACGAGACUUUACUUUUGACGUCCAGCUUCCAAAACCGGAAUAUGGGGCUCGUGGCCCGCCAGAGUUCACGGUCCUUGCUGUCAAUGAGCAAGAACAGCCAAAUUCCUGCUCACCAACUCUUAGUCGCCGGUCAAGAAAUGCUAUGCCCCAUACACCACCUCCUAACAGUCCUCACUUGAUGCCUCUUACGUCUCCAUAUGUUGUUCCAACAAUUCAGACCGCUUCGGUAGACCAUGGUUCUUCUAUUGCUUCACCAAGUGGGAGUUCUCAGCUUGCAUUUUCUACUCCUCCACGUCGCCCCUACAACAGUUCCAGUAGGCGCAUCGCUGCUGUAUCCUCACCCUCAUCUGCUGCAUUGGGAAGUGUCGUAGCUCCUUCUCCUGAACUUGGUCGUACUGAGAUUGUUUCCUAUGCGCGGUCAGUUUCUUGCCUUUUCCUGUAUUACCUCAAGCGUUCGACUUAACGCCUGCUUAUAUUUGUCAAUGACUCUUGCACACCCGUUUUAACUGCUUCUUAGCCCUAGAAGUGAGGAAGUGCCCCCAGAAACUGCAACACAGCGAUCCCCACAGUACCUUCCCUCCUGUUAACUUACUUACUAGCUUUACGUGUCUCUUUCUUUCCUUCCUGAGCAUCUCUGUAUCAGGGAACUUGCUUCGGACACUACAGAUGCUACUGUGCAGAACAAGACCAUUAGUUCGCAGAAAGCGAAGCCGAAGAAACCAUCUGCUAAGAAGAAGUCUCUCUGCCCUUUAUUACUUACUAUGUUUCUUGUACCAAAUUUACCAUAUCCUACAUUAGGUCUUAGUUUCCUGUUUACCUUGCUUCUGUUUGCAUAUUGCCAAUUGACUUUGGUUUUUUUUGCACCCUUCGUUUCAAAUGUGCCCGCCAUUGUUAUUUCGUUUGGUUGGUUGUUAACUGUGCAUACGCCACUAUUGUCUCUUGGAAUUCUUUUACUUAUCAUAGUAUCCUGCAUUGUACUUCGGUUUACUGUCCUUACCUUAUACAGCUUUGUUGGACUUUUGCAGGAAAACUGGAAGUCCAAGUGUUGCGCGUCGUCCUGCAGUUACUCUUGCAAAAACCGAUGUUCCAAUAUCGUCCCUUGAGAUCCCUACUGGACAUCCUUUGCCAACCGAAUCGGCGA